AUGUCUACUAUAGCGUCUCCUCGCGAGCCCCCGCGGCGCACUCCGACGAACUCCAAUCGGCCAUCCUUCGAAACCUCACGUUCGGCUCUCGCCUCUCCUGUCCUUACACAAGGGCCUACGAAUCCUCCACCCCCUCAGCAACAACAGCGCAAAACUUCAUCCAACCGCGCAGCUCUGAGGGAAUAUUACAAUCUUCGCGCUGCGGCCCCGCGCAUAGAGAUCCCCGACUCUGAAGUCCCAGCUACGGAGAUUGAUGCCCCUGACUUCAAUGCCGAGGAAUAUGUCGCCAAGGUCAUCAAUAAGAGCAGUCUGGAGGAGCUCAUGAAAUUGUACACAAGUGUUGUGGGAGAAGUGCGCGCUUUGGAUGCGGAAAAGAAGGCCUUGGUAUACGACAACUAUAGUAAGCUGAUCACAGCGACUGAGACGAUUCGCAAGAUGAGAGCGAACAUGGACCCCUUGAAUCCUAUGGCCUCAACUCUCGACCCAGCCAUUGCACAAAUCUACAGCCAAGCGUCUUCUAUUCGAGAUGCGCUCCGUGAGACGGUCCCUGCGCCAGAUUCCGAGGAAGGCAUAAAGCGAGAAGCCGCAGCUAGACAACAACGGACAAGAGAACUAGCAGCCCAAGUUCUAGCGGUCCCUGGACGACUUGGUGCGCUGGUCGGCGAGGGAAAGAUUGCACAAGCGCGGAAGGAAUGGGCAAUGCCGCGAAAACUACUAGAAUCUUGGAAAGAGAAAGGUAUUGGAGGAAGCGAUGUUGAAGAGUGCAUCAAAGAGGGCGACGAGGCGCUAGGACAGGCCGACAGUAAGAGUAGUGCCUCAAGCCCCAGGAUAUCAAGGGAUGAGCGGUUAUCAAGAGAUAGCCGGGCAUCAAAAGACGGGCGGUAA